AAGGACCGGAGGUGCCACUGCGAGGUCAGUUGCCCUCGGGGCCUGGGCCAAGUCAGUCAUACGCUGUUCACCAUGAAGCUUAGACUGCCGUUACGGUUUUAAAGACGGAACGUUUUCCAAAAUGUUGCGUGAUAACCGGCGGGUUUGGUCCUCUGACAGUGGGGGCCGUAUGCGGAGUGGUGGUGCCGUGAGGAUUGGUGUCGUGGUCUAGGUAUCGCCGCUGACUGCGGGGCUCGUUUACUGCUGAAAAAGACACUGGGAGUCUGUGUACGCCCGAAUGGAGGCUGUGUCGUGUUGCGUGUAUCUUGAGAGGGGCGCCGUCCUAGCAUCCAGCUGUAAUUCCUGCCUCUGACGGCGAGCCGGUGUCCGCUGUCCACUGCCUUGUGGAAGUGUCCGCAGGUAGGGAGGGUGUGUCCGUUCUCCGCCGGUCGGUGUCCGCUGUCCGCCGUUCGGGACAGCAGUGCCGAUGGCUGGACCAGGCUGUGAGCCGGGGCGUUGCGACCAAAUCCAUUUGUUAGGUAUUGCAGCGCCAGUUUUACCUGUAAUGUGCCUGUGGAGACGUGUGCCGUGCAUGCUUUGUUCGCUGCUGUCAGCCAGUUGUGUUAUGACCUAUUGAUGCCUAGCGGGUCCGUGCCAAAAGACAGCAUUCGUUUAUUUAUUAUUAAUGGUAGUUUGACUGGGGUUAGCUUGGCUUUGUGGCAUUCUAUGUGUGUGAGUUCUAGUCGCCAGGUGUAGCUUCUGCUACAGUGGAUCCUUAUCACAUUUACGGGCACAGCAAUACGUUUGUACUCGUGUCUGAAAACUGCUCACAUAUCCUUAUUACCAGACCGCUGACGAAGCGGUCGAGCGCUGGAGAGGCAUUGGAAGCGGCAUAUUUUUGUAUGGACAAGCACAAAGUGCCCGUUAUUUUUGCAAACUAUGGUGCAAUGGUCUGUUGGUGUUUUGUUUUGUUAUGCAUACAAAUUUGAAGUAAUGGUGUUUAUGAUUACAGCGAUGGCCGACGGUAAAAAACGCCUCGCGUGAACACAGUGCUCCAACAUUGACACGUGCAGUGCAGCACUGAUGUCAAUGGACCGCUCUCAGCUCACAGCUGAGCCGGCUGACUGAAGUGCACUGGGCUCACGGUGGCCGUGAACUCCCGACUCAGUAAGGACUAGGGAGACGUCCCGGUUUGCCGUCGCCAGUCUAAACUCUAAUUGGGAGACAGCUGCAAACCGGUCACUAGCCUCAGAGGGCAGCGUAUGGUGCCCGUCCACGGGCAGCUGCAUGCAUGUGUCACAGCGAGUAGCGACGGCAGCGUCACAGUUACCGGUGACAGGUAAUCAUUGUCGGCGGACCGGUUCAAUCAGGGCCGAGUGGGUAUCACAGAUUAUACCUACUCUCUGACCGGUUCUGAUCAUUGUAAUCCCCAGUCCCAUGUAAUGAAUGUCUUAUGUGGUAUCCCAUGAUAAUCAAUGCGAGGGGGCCCGGUGAGUCGGGCCUGACUGUCCUUGUCUUUAUCGCUCGGUACGUUAAGACGUUCUGUGACCUGACCUCCAUCGCCGUCACCGGUCCUCACCCCCCCCCCCCAUCCCGAGGAAGCCCUGUCUCGGCCGUCGGCGCCGAUGAAGCCCACCAACGUCGACCUCUGCCGCUGUCGGCUGCGACGGCAGCUCAGUCGUGCCGCAGAGCCGCGCCAGACCGCUCUCCGUCAGCCGACGCCAUGGAGAAGAAGGAGAGCGAGAAGUCGGCCGGCGAGGGCGAGAAGGAGGAGGAGGUGUCGCCCAAGAAGAUCACGCGCCUGAUGCGCCUUCUCUCGGUGGUUGGAUAUCUGGUGGCCGUGUCGUCUGCCGGCUUCAUGAUGUCGCUCUACUACAUCUUUCUGUGGGAUCCGUACGGCUCCGAGACGCCCAGCGCUCUGUCACUGAGGGCGGAGCGGUCGCCGCAGCUGCUGGCAGCCGGACUCGGCCGCGCUGCCGCCGCCUCACUCGGUCCGUCGCCACUGAUUUAACGGCGCCGCCCCCGUCGCUCGGAGCUCCUCGGCUCACCGCCGAUCCGCCAGCUGAGCCGUCUGUGCUGUGGGCGGAGACCUCUGCAGACAGGACACCAUGUGCCCCGGUGGCACUGGCGCUACCUCCGUCAGAAGCAGCCUGCAGGUGGAGGCGGCCUAAAUCGCCGGGAGCGAGACGCCGCCGGGUGGCGGCCUGCUCACAGUGACUUCUGCAGACGGUGUGAGUCCUUGUACCAACAAAAACCGUCAUACCGUCAAAGAGCAUACAAACGCUGUUUGGUUGACCGCACUCCUUCAGCAGUCAGCGCGCCUCGCAACGGAAUGUCAGCUGACAGCUACAGUCAGAAUCGCUUUUUACUUUUCAUGGAGAGUCAACGGCUCCUGGUUUGACGUUUUAGAUGCGCGUCCCCGCCGAUUGCUUGCUCUAUGUAAAAUACAGACUGAUACCGAUAAAAGAAGCCA